AUGAUACGUCGUUGCUCCACAUCAGCGCUGUUCUUCGCCCUGCUGCUUGCGAGCCCAUCCCCGUCCAUGCUGCCUGGAAGAAUCCAAAUUGCAGAUGCCUUUGCGACAACAGCACUGGCAGUGACUGGGGGGUUUCUUGGCUGGCUGUCAUUCAAUGCGCAGGAAGUCUACAAUAGCAUCAAGCGCUGGUGGGGCGGUCCAGUGGAGUGGGGCAAGAUCUGGGAGGACUACAAGAAGGCUCGCCAUGCGAUCAUGCAGAAAGAACCGAAUGAUGAGAUGAGACACAUUCUUAUCUCGGACAUGCGGGAGGAUUUCCGAAUCAAGUACCCGCAAUGGGCAUACAAGUGGAACUGA